AUGGCAGUGCGAAAUGCCCUGCGUUACAUCCCAAAGCAUCAUCACGAUGUUCUAGCGAAGGAGUUCGCAGAGGAGCUGGAUAAGCACGGGCACAUCUAUGCGUACCGGUUCAUGCCGAACUUCCACCUGAAGGCACCAUCGCUAAACGAGAUUCCUGCAAAAUGUCAACAAGCAGCAGCAAUCAUUUCGAUGAUUCUGAACAAUCUCGACCCAGAAGUAGCUCAGUUUCCACAGGAACUCGUCACCUAUGGAGGAAAUGGCCAAGUGUUCAGCAACUGGAUACAGUUUCGCCUGGUGCUCCUGUACCUGUCGAAGAUGUCAGACGAGCAGACUCUUGUCAUGUAUUCGGGACAUCCACUUGGUCUAUUCCCAAGUCAUCGCGAUGCACCAAGAGUAACUAUAACCAAUGGCAUGAUGAUUCCAAACUACUCCACAAAGCCUCUAUACGACAAGUAUUUUGCUUUGGGAGUUACACAGUAUGGACAGAUGACAGCCGGCAGCUACUGCUACAUUGGGCCUCAAGGAAUUGUUCAUGGCACAACGAUCACUAUUUUGAACGCUGGCCGACGUUACCUUGGAACAGGCGACCUGACUGGAAAGGUGUUCGUAACCGCGGGCCUGGGCGGAAUGAGCGGAGCGCAGCCUAAAGCCGCUACCAUUGCCGGCUGCAUUUCAGUCACUGCUGAGGUCAUCCCGGACGCUCUCAUGAAGCGACACAAGCAAGGAUGGUUGGAUGAAUAUUCGAGCGACUUGAACGAAAUUGUGGAAAUGAUCAGGAAAUACCGCAAAGAAAAGAAAACCAGAAGCAUAGGUUAUCUAGGAAAUGUUGUGGAUUUGUGGGAACGUCUAGCCGAUGAAAGCGAGCUGCUUGUGGAUCUGGGGUCGGAUCAGACGUCACUUCAUAAUCCAUUUUUGGGUGGCUACUACCCUGCAGGUAUUAGUGUCGAAGAGGCUGACACGAUGAUGACCGAGGAUCCAGAACGCUUCAAGCAACUUGUUCAGAAAAGGUUGAUGAGACAUAUAGCAGCCAUUGACAACUGGGGCUGCUCGUGGAAUGCACUUCUGGGAUUACGGCAAUGCAUUUUUGGUGGAAUGUCAAAGAGCUGGAGCCGAUUUGCGUGA